CACUAACAAGGAGGCUGGAUCGGUCAUGAUAAAAUAUGUCGCCGUUUUGCUUCUCGUAUCUACCAUCCAGUGCUUUGAAGACGAGCGUAAGACAAGUCUUUCUUUUAUAUACCACUUACCAAUAUUUGGUAGGCAUGCAAUGCAUCACGGAAUUCAAUGGAUCAAAACCGAUGUUUAUCGAUGGUUGCAAAUACUGCGUUUAUUUAAAUGCUGAAAAAGAGCCAUAUAGUUGCGACAUUGAUGAUACUUGUGACCAGUUUCCGAACCAAUGUUGCGACACAGAGUUUUGUAACAUCAACAAAACAAUGGAUUAUGGUGGUAGACACCAGCACUUAAAAACAUGUGAAAAACAUACCUGCCGGGAGCGUAAUUCGAAAGAAAUCUGUUGCACUGAGGAUUUUUGCAACGUCUCUGAGGGAUCU